AUCAUUUGGGCUUGCGGCCCAUUUCUGACACCCGCCCGUUACGUGGAACGUCCCGCCCCCGCCCCUCGCUCCGGGGUCCGGGGCAGCAAGGCUGCAGCCGCCGCCGCCGCCGCCGCCACUCUCAGAUGUCGCCGCCGCAGUCACUCCCACUUCCUUAUGCCCUCCCCGUCCCGUCCCAUUGCUCGCCUCCUCCACCUACGCCGUCUGUCAAUCUCCCCCCGAGAUCACCUCCUCCUCCGCUUCGCCGCACUCGCGAAGGAACUCUCCGAGCAGCCCCCACCCCCGCCUCUUCCGACACGGCCGCGGUCGCCACACCCGUACGAAUACAACCGCCUCAUGUCCGCUUACGCCGCUUCUGGCGGACGAGACGGCCCAGGCGCAGGCGCCGACCGCGCCCUCCACCUGCUCGACGAAAUGCGGAGCCUCCUCGGGCGCCGCCCCGACACCGCCUGCUUCACCACGGCAGCCGCGGCGCUCUCGUCGGCGUCCCAACCUGGCGCCGCGCUCGCCGUACUCAACGCCAUGGCCGCGGACGGUGUUGCACCCGACGCUGCCGCGUGCACAGUGCUCGUCGGGGUGUACGCAUGCCGUCUCCGGUGGUUCGACGCAGCCUACCAAGUCGUGCAGUGGAUGGCGGCGAAUGGCGUGGCCCCGGACGUGGUCACCUACUCGACGCUGAUCUCUGGGCUGUCCAGUGCAGGCCGGCUGGCUGAAGCGCUGGGCGUGCUUGACUUGAUGCUUGAGGAAGGUUGCCAACCCAAUGCUCACACGUACACUCCCAUCAUGCACGCCUACUGCGUGAGUGGAAUGAUACAUGAGGCCAAGGAGCUCUUGGAAACGAUGAUUGCAGCUGGAUUUGCACCAAGCACAGCCACUUAUAAUGUCUUGAUUGAAGCUUUAUGCAAGGCUGGCUCUUUCAAGGAAGUAGAUGUGCUUCUUGAGGAGAGCAGAGUGAAAGGGUGGACGCCGGAUACAAUCACAUACAGUACAUACAUGGAUGGGCUGUGCAAAGCUGGCAGAGUAGAUAAGAGCUUCACCUUGGUAGAUAAGAUGCUGUCGGAGGGGUUGCACCCCAAUGAGAUUACUCUGAAUAUCCUCCUAGAUGGGGUUUGCCGCAGGUCAACUGCUUGGGCUGCAAAGUGCCUCUUGGAGUGCAGUGCAGAAAUUGGAUGGCAUGUCAAUGUUGUCAACUAUAACACUGUGAUGAGGAGGCUUUGUGAUGAGCGGAAAUGGUUGGCUGUUAUCAAGCUCUUUGGUGACAUGGUUAAAAAGGGCAUGGCUCCCAAUAGCUGGACUUUCAGCAUUGUGGUCCACAGUCUCUGUAAACUUGGGAAGCUUCGCGAAGCUCUUUGCUUGCUUGGAAGUGAGGAGUUUGUCGCUGAUGUUGUGGCAUACAAUACUUUGAUCCGUCAUCUCAGUUUCUUGGGGAAAACUUAUGAGGCCUGCCUUGUGCUUCAUGAGAUGAUUGAUAAAGGCAUUACUCCAAAUGACAUCACUGACAGCCUUGUGGUUGAUUGUUUGUGUAGAGAGGGGAAAUUCUUGGUUGCACUUAGCUAUUUAAAUCAAUCACUGGAAGAUGGUCUCUCUAGAUCUGCAGUAUCGAGUAUUGUGCGAGGUCUCAUUGCUGGCGGGAAUAUAUUUUAUUUACAAAGAACAAAAUUAAAGUGUAUCUUUCCAUUUGUUUGCUAAUUUCAAUUGGAGUUUGCACAAAACUGAUGCAUCCUGCUGCAGAAAGUCCUGUAAAAGGGGCUUAAAUUUGAAAUGUAUGAUUAUUUCAAGAUUGUCAGAGUCAUUCCAGGAUCAGAAAGCAAACUCAGGGGAAGUCUUAGGUUAACUUUAUGACGAGUGGUUGAUUUGGCGAAAAGUUCUUAAUUGCUCAAACCUGCAUCUUGCAACAGCUCUUAAAUCAAUUGCCAAUCAUGUAUUCAUGUAUAGUACAGCUUGUUUCAAUAUCCUACUUCCUCCUUUUGCAUUUCCGUCUUGGCCAAACAUUUACAUGAUUACCGAACUUGGAAAAAUUUACAUUUGUUUGUGAGAGACUCAGGCUUUAGGGAGGAGGUAUCCGACUGAACUCCCCUUCAUUAGUACCA